UAAAACGCUCCUCUCUCUGGUUUUCCUCCCUUUCAAGCGACCCUCUCUCUCUCCGAUUUCUUUCCCUUUUUCUCUCCUUCUAAAUUUCCGAUUACCCCUUUUUCAUCUUCUAGGGUUAGGGUUUUUAUUUCGCCUUUCCGAUCUUUUCUCUUCUCUCUUUUAGAGGGAAAACAUGGGCGCUGACGGCGAUUCGGUCGAUGCGGGCGAUUCGAGCGUCAGCAGCAACGGCAUCGUCACCGUCCACAUACGAUGCUCGAACGGCUCCAAGUUCUCCGUUCAGACGGGCCUCGAUGCGACCGUUGGGGUUUUCAAGGGCAUUCUGGCCGAGAACUGCGAUGUCCCGGCCGAGCAGCAGCGUCUGAUUUACAAGGGUCGGAUUUUGAAAGACGAACAGACCCUAGAAAGCUAUGGUCUUCAGGCAGAUCACACUGUUCAUAUGGUCCGUGGGGCUGCACCACCACCUCCAUCUACUAAUACUACAAAUGCAGCCAAUGUGGGAGGUCCAAACAGCACUCCAGGUGUUGCAAGGGGUGUUGGUUCCAAUGAAAGUGGGGGCUUUGGAGGUGCUGGCCUUGGAGGCUCACUGUUUCCUGGGCUUGGUUUUAAUGGGCUUGGUAGCAAUGGAGCAUCCGGUUUAUUUGGAUCCGGACUUCCAGAGUUCGAACAAGUUCAACAGCAGCUAACCCAGAACCCCAACAUCAUGAGGGAGAUCAUGAACAUGCCCGUCAUUCAGAACCUUAUGAAUAACCCUGACCUGAUGCGCAACUUGAUCAUGAGCAAUCCUCAAAUGCGUGAGAUCAUAGAUCGGAAUCCCGACCUUGCACAUAUACUCAAUGAUCCGAGCACUCUCCGACAGACACUAGAAGCAGCUAGGAAUCCUGAGCUCAUGCGGGAGAUGAUGCGGAAUACCGACAGGGCCAUGAGCAACAUCGAGUCUUCUCCUGAAGGAUUUAACAUGCUCAGGCGCAUGUAUGAAACUGUUCAGGAGCCAUUCCUUAAUGCGACGACAAUGGCAGGAGACACCGGAAGCGAUUUGGGAUCAAACCCAUUUGCAGCUCUUUUAGGGAAUCAAGGUGCAGCCCAGGCCAGAGAUCGAUCGCCAAACCCUUCCACCACCGGUUCAGAAACAACAACUGGGUCUCCUGCACCAAACACCAACCCGCUCCCUAACCCAUGGAACAAUGCUGCAGGAGGCACACAGACAAACACUAAUGCAAGAUCUAAUCUGACUGGGGAUGCAAGGGCACCUAGUAUUGGUGGCUUAGGUGGGGCUGGAGGUCUGCCGGAUCUGGAACGGAUGCUUGGUGGCAUGCAGGAUCCCGCUCUUUUGAACCAGGUGAUGCAAAAUCCUGCUGUGACACAGAUGAUGCAAAGCCUCCUCUCCAAUCCCCAGUACAUGAACCAGCUUUUGGGUUUCAAUCCCCAGCUGCGAAGCAUGCUGGAUUCCAAUUCUCAACUCAGAGAAAUGAUGCAAAACCCAGAAUUUCUUCGCCAGAUGACUUCCCCCGAGAUGAUGCAGCAAGUUUUGUCUUUACAGCAAUCGCUAUUAUCCCAGCUUGGUCGGCAACAGUCAACCCAGGAACAAGGUCAGACAGGAGGCACCACAGGUGCACCUAACAGUAUGGGAUUAGAGUUAUUAAUGAACAUGUUUGGUGGACUUGGUGCUGGAGGCCUCAGCGUUCCGAACCCAUCCAAUGUGCCACCGGAGCAGUUGUAUGCGACUCAGCUCUCGCAGCUUCAAGAAAUGGGUUUCUUUGACACCCAAGAGAACAUCCGGGCGCUGACUGCCACUGCUGGGAAUGUCCAUGCUGCAGUGGAGCGCCUCCUGGGGAAUCUUGGUCAGUAGAAUUUUUUUCUUUGAAAAUCUGUGCAAUGUCGUUCCAUCCUAUAUAUUUAGUGUCCGCGUUGCUCAUGUCAACCUGUAAGAUUAGUCGGACCCCACCACCACCCGUGUCUUCCUUUUAACUUGAGAUGGCCAAUUGCGCACGCACAUUCGGCGUCUGUUUUGGGCAUGAAAUAAGUACAUUGUGUGGUAAAGAGCUGUGACACUUUUGGUAUAGCUAUGAAUUGUUGGGCCUCUGGGCCCUGCUACUUAGAGAUCUGAAGACUUGUGAUCUUGUACAUACACACUCUUUUAAUAGGGUUCCAAGCUGUCUUACGAAUUGUUUGAUGAA